UGGAAAAGAAUAUUUCAAGAGCAGAGGCCCCAGGAACACCUACUUUUUCAUCUGUUAGCAACUACUCAGCUUCAGGUUCAUCUGUUCAAGCGCCCUUUUCAAGCGUCAAGUUUGACCAAAGAAUAAAACUUGACUUGCCUUAUCCUCACACAUGGUUUCCUCUUGCUCGUAAGCUUAAAAGGAAGUUUUACUUACACAUCGGACCAACUAAUUCAGGCAAAACUUAUUCAGCUAUACAAGCCUUACAAGUCGCUAAGACAGGUUUAUACGCCGGUCCUCUCCGACUUUUAGCUUGGGAAGUUUAUGAUAAGUUAAGCGGAAAGGGCAUUCUUUGCGACUUGCUUACGGGUCAGGAAAGGGAACAAACAGUUGGCUCAACUCACGUCUCCUGCACAAUAGAGAUGUUGGAUUAUCAGCGCAUCUAUGAUGUAGCCGUAAUCGACGAGGUUCAAAUGGUGUCUUGUUCUCUUUGAGGACCUGCUUGGUCUCACGCCAUCUUGGGUGCCUGCGCCCGUGAGGUUCAUCUUUGUGGAGAGGAGACCGUAUUGUCUUUAAUACGACAGCUUUGCUUACAUACAGGCGACGAACUCACUGUCCAUAAGUACGAUCGUUUGUCGCCAUUAGUUUUGUGCCCGCCAGUGACGAAGGCCAGUAAUUUGAAGAAAGGUGAUUGCUUGGUCACCUUUACGAAAAAGGAUUUAUUUAGCUUGAAAGUUGCAAUUGAGUCGCAAACGAAGCUGAAGUGUUCUAUCAUUUACGGCAGUCUUCCACCAGAAACUCGCCGGCAGCAAGCGGUCGAGUUUAAUACUGGCCAGUCAGAUAUUCUUCUUUCCACGGACGCCAUAGGGAUGGGGCUCAAUCUGCAAAUACAGAGGCUUCUUUUUGCGAGUUUGACAAAGUUUGACGGGUUCUUCACCCGCAACUUAACCCCAACGGAGACACGACAGUUGGCCGGAAGAGCCGGUCGUUUCAUGUCCAAGUACGAGACGGGAUUCACUUCAGUGUUGCACAAAAAAGACUAUAGUGCGCUUAAAAAUAACUUGAGCUCUGCCUUUGAGGAAGUUACUAGGAUGGCCAUCAUGCCAACUUCUGGUCUUAUUGAAAAGUUCCUAUAUCAAGUGGGUGUUAACAAGCUGAGCGGUCUUCUCGCGGCCUUCAACACCAUGAAACCUGGCCAUUCCUCCCUCUAUUACAUGGCCGACCUCACUCCCAUUAUUCACCUUGCGAAACUCUGCGAAAGUUUGGAUAUCUCCCGAAAGCUGAACUUUGCCACUCUUUGGGGCCUCUGUCUGGCCCCCAUCAACCCUUCUAUAGUCGAACUUGUUGAUAUGCUGCGCACCACCAUGAAGAACCUCGCUAACAAACAACCGAUCUACUCUGGCGACGUUAUAUAUUAUGUUCCAAACCACGGCUCUGUUUUCGAUUUCAACAGACUCGAAAGCCUCGAGUUGGAUUCGUAAUCUUCGAUAUGACUGUUGC